AUGGAUCUGGCAGCUAAGGGACAUCAGACAGAGCCGGCUACGCCGAAGCCGCAGUUGAAGGAUGUAGAAGGUCCUUUUGACGGUGGUGUGCGCGCAUCGCUGGCGAAGAGGCUGUCGGCACUUAAGUUUCCUUCUUCGGAUGCGCCUGUUGGAGAUGGGGACAACAACGCUAACGAAGGACAAGGAAAAGAGGAAGAGGUGAAUUCGCCGACCGCUGCUCCUGAUGCACCUGAGGAGGGAAGUGAAGACGAGGAAGAAGAGGAUGACGGGUAUCUCAGUGAUGAUCCUGAGGAGCGUUUUGACCCGGUGAAAGCUGGAGAAAUUGCUGCGCGCGCGGGUUUCUCCAUCACGCUGCUGGUUCCGAUCAAGUACGAGGAGGAGGUUCCCCGUACUAUCGACACGGUUAAGGGACUCCUUGCGUUGUGGAGGAAGUUUAUGUCGGCUCACGUACUGACGACGACAAGGUGCCAAGUCCUCUUGCCGGCGUGGCUGUCAAAGAAGCGGUAUGGGAGGAUGCAAGUCACUUUCCAGCAAGCAUCGGACGCGAACUACGUGUGGUGUCGCCAGAUCCAGCACAAGAUGUUGAAUGAGGAGAGCAUUUACCUGGACUGGCAGCACCCGGAAAACCCGGUCUACAUUCAGGAGCGAGCCACUAACCCGGACUCCAUCGAAGUGCUGCUGAAGAGUGUCCCGGCGGCUAUUACGUCGAAAAUGGUGUAUGAAUACCUGGUGAAGACGGUGUUGGAGAAGCGGGGUCGGACGCCGUUCCUCAGUGGGGCUGCCUUCCACAGGGUGGUGGAUCCGGUUACCGGCGCAGACACUGACAAGAUUCGGGACGUGCGGGUGAAGAAGAUUUUGCUCGAUCCUGCGGUUGUUUUGGUCUCCACGGGAGGAAGAAGGGAGGAUUGGCUGUGCGUCCAGGAGGCGUGCGGCAAGGCGCACGGAUCCAGUUUUACGCAGGCGCUAGCGCAUGUGAAGUCGGUGCAGCACUGUACAGCUAUCCUGCAGGGGGACGCAGCAAGCAGGAAGAGCAGGGGGAAAAUGAAUUUCCUUCCGAUUCGCAAGGAGUUUGGGCUGUAA